AUGAGGAAACACCGACAUCUGCCCUUUGAGGCAGUGUUUUAUCUCCUGCUCUCAGGCUGUUGCUUGGUUCAUGCCCAGCAGCAAGCAGCUGUCAAACCCGUUGCUGUGGCUGAUAUAAUAUUUCUAGUGGAUUCCUCUUGGAGCAUUGGGAAGGAACAUUUCCAACUGGUUCGAGAGUUUCUGUAUGAUGUUGUAAAAGCUUUAGAUGUGGGAGGAAAUGAUUUUCGCUUUGCCCUGGUCCAGUUCGGCGGAAACCCCCACACAGAGUUCCAGUUAAAUACCUACCCCUCUACCCAGGACGUCCUGUCCCAUAUCACCAACAUGCCUUACAUGGGGGGAGGCACCAAGACUGGAAAAGGAUUAGAAUACCUAAUCGAGAACCAUCUCACUAAAGCUGCUGGAAGCAGAGCCAGUGAAGGUGUCCCCCAGGUUAUUAUAGUGUUAACGGACGGACGAUCCCAGGAUGCUGUGGCUCUGCCAUCGUCUGUCCUUAAAUCAGCCCAUGUAGACUUGUUUGCGAUCGGCGUGCAGGAGGCGGUGGAAGGGGAGUUGCAGGAAAUAGCAAGCGAACCCUUCGAUACGCACCUUUUCAACCUAGAGAAUUUUACCGCUCUCCACGGCAUAGUUGGAGACUUAGUGGCAAGUGUCCGUUCAUCCAUGACUCCAGAAAAGGCUGGGGCCAAAGGACUGGUUAAAGACAUCACAGCUCAAGAGUCUGCUGACCUUAUUUUCCUUAUUGACGGAUCAGACAACAUCGGAAGUGUCAAUUUUCAAGCCAUACGUGAUUUCCUUGUAAAUUUGAUUGAAAGCCUCAGAGUUGGAGCUCAGCAAAUACACAUUGGGGUGGUGCAGUAUAGUGAUCAACCCAGAACCGAGUUCGCUUUGAACAGCUACUCCACAAAAGCGGAAGUUCUGGAUGCCGUGAAGGCACUUAGUUUCCGCGGUGGCGAGGAAGCGAACACCGGUGCGGCACUGGAGUUUGUGGUGGAGAACCUCUUCACCCAGGCAGGAGGCAGCAGGAUAGAGGAAGCGGUGCCUCAGAUUUUAGUGCUGAUAAGUGGUGGAGAGUCUAGUGAUGAUAUCCGAGAGGGCGUGUUAGCGGUGAAGCAAGCUAGUAUAUUUUCCUUUAGCAUUGGGGUCCUGAAUGCUGACAGUGCAGAGCUGCAGCAGAUUGCUACUGGUGGAAGCUUCGCAUUUACUGCCCUGGAUAUCCAUAACCUCGAUGCUCUUCGAGAAUUAUUACUGCCCAAUAUUGUUGGAGUGGCCCAAAGACUCAUUUUGUUAGAGGCCCCAACCAUUGUGACUGAAGUUAUUGAAGUGAACAAGAAGGAUAUAGUCUUCCUGAUAGAUGGCUCAACUGCACUGGGGUCUGGCCCCUUUAACUCAAUUCGUGAUUUCAUUGCCAAAAUUGUGCAAAGGUUGGAGGUUGGACCUGACCUGAUCCAAGUCGCGGUGGCUCAGUACGCAGACACUGUGAAGCCAGAGUUCUAUUUUAACACCCACCAGAGCAGAAAGGAUGUGAUGGCUAAUGUGAAGAGAAUGAAGCUCAUGGGUGGUACGGCACUCAACACUGGCUCGGCACUGGACUUUGUGAGGAACAACUUCUUCACCAGUGCUGCUGGGUGCAGGAUGGAGGAAGGGGUGCUCCCCAUGCUGGUGCUCAUCACUGGUGGUAAGUCUAUGGAUAGUGUUGACCAAGCUGCAGCAGAGAUGAAAAGGAACCGGAUAGUGAUCCUUGCCAUUGGGUCAAGAAAUGCUGACCUGGCAGAACUUCAGGAGAUUGCCCAUGAGAGAGAUUUUGUGUUCAAUCCGAACGACUUCCGUGUCCAGUUCAUGCAAGCCAUUCUUCCUGAAGUGCUGUCGCCUAUCAGGACACUCUCUGGAGGACUGAUUAUUCAAGAACCACCAUCAGUUCAAGUAACCAAAAGGGAUAUCAUCUUUCUUUUGGAUGGAUCACUCAACGUCGGAAAUGCCAACUUCCCCUUUGUGCGUGACUUUGUUGCCACCCUAGUUAACUACCUUGAUGUCGGCAGUGACAAAAUCCGAGUUGGCUUAGUGCAAUUUAGUGACACUCCUAAAACAGAGUUCUUUCUAUAUUCAUACCAAACCAAAUCAGACAUAAUUCAACGUAUGGGGCAGCUGAGGCCCAAGGGGGGGUCAGUGCUGAACACUGGCUCUGCACUGAACUUUGUGCUUUCAAAUCACUUCACGGAAGCUGGUGGGAGCAGAAUCAAUGAACAAGUGCCGCAGGUGCUAGUCCUGGUGGUGGCAGGGAGGUCUGCUGAUCCCUUCCUGCAAGUUUCCAAUGAAUUAGCUCGGGCCGGAGUGAUGACUUUUGCUGUUGGAGUUAGGAGUGCGGAUAAGGCAGAACUUGAACAGAUUGCCUUUAAUCCAAGAAUGGUGUAUUUUAUGGAUGAUUUCAGUGCUCUGACAGCUUUACCCCAGGAGUUAAAUAAGCCUAUAACAACAUAUGUUAGUGGAGGUGUGGAAGAGGUUCCACUCGCCCCAACAGAAAGCAAGAAAGAUAUUUUAUUCCUGAUUGAUGGCUCAGCCAACCUCUUGGGUAGCUUUCCUGCUGUCCGGGACUUUGUACACAAAGUCAUUUCUGACCUGAACGUGGGUCCUGAUGCCACACGAGUAGCUGUAGCUCAGUUCAGUGAUACCAUCCAAGUUGAAUUUGACUUUGCUGAACUCCCAUCUAAGCAAGACAUGCUGCUCAAAGUGAAAAGGAUGAAGAUAAAAACUGGGAAGCAAUUGAACAUUGGAGCUGCACUGGAUGAGGCUAUAAGAAGGCUAUUUGUGAAGGAAGCUGGAAGCAGGAUUGAGGAAGGAGUUCCUCAGUUUUUGGUCCUCCUUGCUGCUGGGAGAUCAACCGAUGAUGUGGAGCAGCCAUCAGAUGCUCUGAAGCAAACUGGAGUUGUGACCUUUGUUAUCAAAGCCAAAAACGCUGACCCUGCGGAGCUGGAAAGGAUCGUGUACGCCCCACAGUUCAUCCUGAACGUCGACUCCCUCCCUCGGAUUUCAGAGCUUCAGCCAGACAUAGUCAACCUCUUGAAAACCAUCCAGCUUCAGCCAACAGUAGUUGAGAGAGGUGAGAAGAAAGAUGUGGUGUUUCUAAUCGAUGGCUCAGAUGGUGUCAGAAGAGGUUUCCCUCUGCUGAAGACCUUUGUCCAAAGAGUUGUUGAAAGCCUGGAUAUCGGACGUGACAAGGUCCGUGUCGCCGUUGCACAGUACAGCAAUGUCAUACAACCUGAGUUCUUACUCGACACCCACGAAGACAAAGCAGAUCUCAUCAGUGCCAUCCAGGAGCUGAAGGUUAUGGGAGGAUCUCCUCUGAACACUGGAGCAGCCCUUGACUAUCUCAUCAAGAAUGUGUUCACUGUGUCAAGCGGCAGCAGGAUAGCGGAAGGCGUCCCACAGUUCCUGAUCCUGCUGACUGCUGACCGGUCCCAGGAUGAUGUAAGGAGGCCCUCAGUGGUCUUGAAGACAAGUGGCACCGUGCCCUUCGGCAUUGGGAUAGGAAAUGCUGACAUCACAGAGCUGCAGACCAUUUCCUUCCUCCCAGAUUUUGCUAUUUCUGUGCCUGACUUCAGCCAGCUGGAUACAGUGCAGCAGGUCGUCUCGAACAGAGUCAUCCGGCUGACCAAGAAAGAGAUAGAGUCACUUGCCCCUGAUCUGGUUUUUACAUCACCCAGCCCAGCGGGUGUGAAGAGGGACGUCGUGUUCAUGGUUGAUGGUUCCCGCUAUGCUGCCCAGGAGUUCUACCUCAUCCGUGAUCUCAUUGAAAGGAUAGUGAACAACCUGGAUGUGGGCUUUGACACCACCAGGAUUUCGGUGGUCCAGUUCAGCGAGCAUCCGCACGUGGAGUUCCUGCUCAACGCGCACUCCACCAAGGAUGAGGUGCAGAGUGCUGUGAGGCGGCUGCGGCCGCAGGGUGGCCAGCAGGUGAACACGGGGGAGGCCCUUGAGUUUGUGGCAAAGACCAUCUUCACCCGGCCCUCCGGGAGCCGCAUAGAGGAGGGUGUCCCUCAGUUUCUGAUCAUCCUCUCCUCCCGCAAGUCUGAUGACGACUUAGAGUACCCAUCGCUCCAAGUCAAACAAGUGGGGGUGGCACCUAUGGUGGUAGCAAAGAACGUAGAUCCUGAGGAGAUGGUACAGAUUUCCCUUAGUCCUGAUUAUGUAUUCCAAGUCUCCAGCUUCCAGGAACUGCCCAGCCUCGAGCAGAAGCUGCUGACUCCUAUUGAAACCCUGACUGGGGAUCAAAUCAGGCGGCUGCUGGGAGAUGUGCAACCCUCUGUAGAUAUUUCUGGUGAUGAAAAGGACAUAGUCUUCCUCAUUGACUCCUCUGACAGUGUCAGGCCCGACGGGCUUGCUCACAUCCGGGAUUUCAUCAGCAGAAUUGUUCAGCAGCUGGAAGUGGGGCCAAAUAAAGUGCGAAUUGGUGUGGUGCAGUUCAGCAACAACGUCUUCCCUGAGUUCUACCUGAAGACCCACAAGUCCAAAAAUGCUGUCCUGCAAGCCAUCCGCCGCUUGAGGUUUAGAGGGGGAUCCCCUCUGAAUGCUGGAAAAGCCCUAGACCACGUGGUGAAGAACUACUUCAUCAAGUCUGCAGGGAGCAGGAUAGAAGACGGAGUGCCCCAGCACCUCGUUGUCAUCCUUGGGGACCGGUCCCAGGAUGACGUGAACAGGCCUGCCAACGUGAUCACUUCAACGAGCAUUAAACCUCUGGGUGUCGGAGCCAGGAAUGUGGACAGGAACCAGCUGCAGGUCAUUACUAAUGAUCCCGAGCGUGUGCUUGUGGUGCAGGACUUCCCAGGACUCCCAACUUUGGAAAAGAAGGUGCAGAGUAUUCUUGAAGAGCUUCCAAUACCUACAACAGAAACACCUGGAUUUCUAGGACCUGGAGGAAAAAAGCAAGCUGACAUUGUGUUUUUGCUGGAUGGCUCCAUCAAUCUGGGGAGAGACAACUUCCAAGAAGUUCUCCAGUUUGUCUACUCUGUGGUGGAUGCCAUUUAUAGGGAUGGUGACUCUAUCCAGGUAGGACUGGCCCAGUACAACUCGGAUGUCACUGAUGAGUUUUUCCUCAAGGACUACUCCACCAAACCUCAGAUUUUAGAUGCCAUCAACAAAGUCGUCUACAAAGGCGGACGAGUGGCAAACACUGGCGCGGCCAUCAAGCAUAUCCAGGCGAGGCACUUUGUGAAGGAGGCCGGCAGCAGAAUCGACCAGAGAGUGCCCCAGAUCGCCUUCAUUGUCACGGGCGGGAAGUCCUCAGAUGAUGGGCCAAGUGCGUCCUUGGAAAUCACACAGAAAGGAGUCAAGGUGUUUGCAGUUGGCGUCAGAAACAUCGACCUGAAGGAAGUCAGUAGGCUGGCCAGCGAGAGCGCCAUGAGCUUCAGAGCGUCCACAGCCCAGGAGCUGUCUGAGCUCAACGAGCAGGUUCUAGUUACGUUGGAAGCUGCUAUGGAGGAGAAACUGUGCCCAGGAACAACGGAUGUUACAAGAGACUGCAACUUAGAUGUGAUACUUGGCUUCGAUGUCUCAGACGUUGGGCCUGGUCAAAAUAUACUCAAUUCCCAGAGAGGUUUGGAGUCCAGAGUCGAGUCUGUGCUGAACAGAAUAACGCAGAUGCAGAAGAUCAGCUGCACUGGCAACCAGGAGCCCAGUGUCAGGGUGGCCAUCAUGGCCCAGGCUCGUGGGGGACCUGUGGAGGGACUGGACUUCUCCGAGUACCAGCCUGAACUCUUUGAGAAGUUUCAGGGCAUGCGAACCCAGGGGCCCUACUUCCUCACAGCUGAUACGCUGAGGUCCUACCUGAGCAAGUUCAGAUCCUCGCCCUCCGGCAGCACCAAGGUCAUAAUACAUUUUACUGAUGGUGCAGAUGACUCGAUAGAAGAGCUGGAGGCCACUUCGUCUACUUUGCAUGCAGAAGGUGUCAACGCUCUCAUCUUUGUCGGGCUGGACCGAGUGAGCGAUUUUGACAGAGUGAUGCAGCUGGAGUUCGGCCGUGGGUUCACCUACAACAGACCUCUCAGGGUUAAUCUGCUGGACCUGGAUUUCGAGCUGGCGGAACAGCUCGACAACAUCGCAGAGAGGACUUGCUGCAAGGUCCCAUGCAAGUGCUCAGGGCAGAGAGGGGACAGAGGUGUGCCAGGCCCCAUAGGACCAAAGGGUGCCACGGGUGAUCUUGGCUACGGAGGCUAUCCUGGUGAUGAAGGAGGACCGGGCGAGCGUGGACCGCCUGGUGUGAAUGGGACACAGGGUUUCCAGGGAUGCCCCGGGCACAGAGGAACCAAGGGUUCUCGGGGAUUCCCAGGAGAGAAGGGUGAACUGGGAGAAAUGGGUCUGGAUGGCAUUGAUGGAGAAGAGGGAGACAAGGGUUUGCCUGGCUCCUCUGGAGAGAAGGGGUACUCUGGAAGGAGGGGUGAUAAGGGAGUUAAAGGAGAACGAGGAGAACGAGGUGACCGUGGGCUCCGUGGAGACCCGGGAGAUUCGGGAGCUGAUAAUACUCAGCGGGGAUCCAGAGGCCAAAAGGGUGAAAUUGGACCAAUGGGAGAGCCAGGACCGGUGGGGCUGGAUGGCCAAGACGGUGAAGUUGGAAGGAAGGGUAUGGCAGGACGAAGGGGACCGAUAGGAGUUAAGGGUACCAAGGGUUCGCCUGGUCAAGCGGGGCCAGCUGGAGAACAAGGCAUGAGAGGGCCACAGGGUCCGCCCGGCCAGCUGGGCACACCAGGCAUCAGAGGAGAACAGGGUGUUCCUGGACCCAGGGCUGGUGGUGGACCACCAGGAACCCCAGGAGAGCGGGGCAGGAUCGGUCCCCUGGGACUAAAGGGUGAGCCUGGAAACCCUGGACCCAAAGGGGCAAAUGGACAGCAAGGCCCACGAGGAGAGAUGGGUGAUGAUGGACGAGACGGAAUUGGUGGCCCAGGUCCUAAAGGCAGAAAGGGAGAACGCGGCUUCAUCGGCUACCCAGGGCCCAAGGGUGGACCUGGUGACCGUGGUGUUGCUGGAGGCCCCGGCCCUAAAGGAAACAGAGGCCGCAGGGGAAAUUCAGGAGAACCUGGGACACCUGGUCAGAAAGGGGAAGUUGGAUACCCUGGACCAUCU